AUGAAGCCCACUGCGCGUGUGGCCUCACCCGAGCCAGAGGCCGCUUCUGUGGCUGUGGCGCCUCCUGAAGAUGCGCCGCCAAAGUGUGCUAGCCCACAGAGCCACAACAAGUCCUACAUCGAGCAAAAGAUCGGUGCCUGGGUGUCCUUUCACACCUUGCAUUCCGACGGGAUGAGCACCAACAUGGAGGAUCCUUUCCCCGCAGUCAGCUGGCAAUGGGAGCACCGGAGCGGUUGGCGGGACUACCCCCGCAAAGUGAGUACGAAGAUCGAGCUCGCGUACCGUGCCGGGGAAACCAAGACGCGUGUACAGACCGGGAAGAAAGGGUCUGUGCCGAUGGAGAUCUUCUUUGAGGAUAUGCUCCAGCAUGACCCGAUCUCCGGCAACACUCGGAACGUGAACCGGAAGGGCUCCUUCAGUACUCGACAGAAGGUCACGCGCUUCCUGGGCGGUGUGGUCAGGAUGCUGGAGACCGGGAAGCCACGGAAGGAGCGCUUCCACGACUAUCAGCAGCGACGCAAAAGGCAUGUGGACCCUGAUGCGCAUCAGGAGCCGGUCAAGGAGAGCCCGUACCACAAUGGCUGCUGCGGGCUGUGCGCUUCAAGCCCGGUUUUCUUUUCUUGCACCAUGUGCAUGGUUAUUCUCUAUUGCCUUUGGCUGGGCGUUGAAGCGGAUCUCAACACGAACAAGUCCCACAACUUGUACGAAGCAGAACCUGUCUUCCCUGUGGUCGAGAACAUUUUUUGUGUCUUCUUCACUCUGGAACUCAUCAUUCGCUUCUGUGGCUUUCGCAGAAAGCGGAACUGUUUCCAAGACAUGUGGUUCCUCUUCGACCUAAUUUUGAUGCUGCUGAUGGUGGCAGAGCUUUGGAUCGUGCCGAUCCUCCUUGUCUUCGUGCCAGAGCUGAGUCGAGUGAUACAAGAGCUCACGUUCCUGCGUGCGCUUCGCUUGGUGCGCAUGGCGCGGCUCACAAGCCUUCUGCGGGCAUUUCCGGAGGCAAUGAUGUUGCUGAAAGGCAUCUCUGCAGCAAUGCGGGGUGUGGUGACCACCAUGUGCCUUCUGUUGGUGAUCCUCUUCAUGUGUGCCCUGAUCUUCAUGUUCAUUGUCCAGGGCCAGGACACAGACGGGGCCCGGAACAUGAGAGACCAGUACUUUUCCUCAGUGUCCCACUCGAUGAGGUCACUUUUCAUGCAUGCCACUCUUCUGGACGGUCCAGCAGUGGUGUAUGAUGAGAUUGAGGACACACUGGGCAACUGGAUGGCCUACCUCUUCCUGGGAUGCAUCGUGCUCAGCGCCUUCACUGUGCUCAACAUGCUCAUCGGAAUCUUGUGUGAAGUGAUUAACAAGGUUUCUGAAGCUGAGAAGGAAGAGGCGCAGAUCCGCUACUUGAGGCGCCACCUUCAGGACAUCUUCGAGUGUUACGACGUGAACCAAGACAAGUCCAUCGGGGAGAAGGAGUUUGCGCUGCUCUUGCAGAACCUGGAGUUCCGUGAGAUCCUCUCAAAAUUUGGUACAGAUGUCCAGGACUUGCAGGACAUCAUGGCUGCCGUCUACAACGAGCGCGCAGGCACAAGCGUUGAGUUCAAUGAACUCAUUGGAGUGGUUCUGCGUCUGAAGGGCGGCAACAAUGCCCAAGUCACGGACAUUGUCGACUUGCGAAAGUUUGUCAAGCAGGUCUCCGACAAGUUGGAUUGCCUCCUGGACCCCACCAAAGUGCCCCGGGGCCCGCCGCAGCCGGGCGUGGAGUCCAUCGAGGUCCACAUCGUCAAGGCGCGGGGCCUGCGAAACGCCGACAUUGUUCCGCUGACAGGCAGAUCGGACGUGUACUGCAAAUGUGUGGUGCUCGGAAAGCCUGACACUGGAGUGGUGACAAAAGUUAUCCACGACACUACCAACCCCGUGUGGAACGAGGCGUUUGUCCUGGCAGAUUAUCAAGCUGGAGAACAUUUGCGCUUCCAGCUAUUCGACCAAGACUGGCGGAUCAUCAAGGAGGAUGACUAUCUGGGUUCCACUGUGCUGGAGAGCCACCGCUUCUGUCCACAGGGCUUCGAGGGGGAGUUGCGCCUAUUUGGGUGUGGCAAAGGCAUUGAAGCCUACCUGGAAGUCAAGGUAAAGGUGAAGAUGCUGCCAGUCGAAGACAAAAGGUCAACUCUGUCUGGGACGAGCGUGUCGUCGGAGACAAGUGCAGGCACAUCCAACAUGGCGCUGCUACUUGCGCGGUUGGAUGAUAUCUAUGCUGGCCAACGGCGGCUUUCAAGCUCACUGAAACGCAUGGAGGAGCGCCUGGAUGUUGUCGAAGUGGCUGUGACACGCACAACGCCAACCCCAGAUUUGCGACUGUUCCAGCCGUGA